UCCCGUAAGUCGGGCGGCCUCGUAGUUGCUGCAGCCGCCGCCGCCGCCGCCGCCACAUUCAACAGGCAGCAGCGCAGCGGGCGCGCCGCCGGGCAAAGCGAGCGGCCCGCGGCGUCCGUCCGUCCUUCCGUCCGCGGCCGUGUCAGCGGGAGCGCGGCGCAGGCUCUGCCCCGGCUCGGCGGCUCUGGCCCGCCGUCCAGUCCGUGAGGCGGACCCCGAGGAGCCUCGAUGUGGAUGGCCCCGCGAAGUUAAGUUCUGGGCUCGCGCUUGCACUCCGCCGCGCCUUCCUCCCAGUUUCCGUCCGCUCGCCGCACCGGCUUCGUCCCCCCAAAUCUCGGACCGUCUCUUCGCGCCCCCUCUCCCUCCGCCCCCAGUGCUGCGCUCUUCCCUUCUUGGCUCUCCCGCGGCUGGGGGAGGGGCGGGGGUCACCAUGGCCGAAGCGCCCCAGGUGGUGGAGAUCGACCCGGACUUCGAGCCGCUGCCCCGGCCGCGCUCGUGCACCUGGCCGCUGCCCAGGCCGGAGUUUAGCCAGUCCAAUUCGGCCACCUCCAGCCCGGCGCCGUCGGGCGGCGCGGCUGCCAACCCCGACGCCGCGGCGGGCCUGCCCUCAGCCUCGGCGGCCGCUGUCAGCGCUGACUUCAUGAGCAACCUGAGCCUGCUGGAGGAGAACGAGGACUUCCCGCAGGCGCCCGGCUCCGUGGCGGCGGCGGUGGCGGCGGCUGCCGUAGCCGCCGCCGGGGGACUGUGCGGGGACUUCCAGGGCCCAGAGGCGGGCUGCCUGCACCCAGCGCCGCCGCAGCCCCCGCCGCCCGGGCCGCUGCCGCAGCACCCACCGGUGCCCCCCGCCGCCGCCGGGCCGCUCGCGGGACAGCCGCGCAAGAGCAGCUCGUCCCGCCGCAACGCGUGGGGCAACCUGUCCUACGCCGAUCUCAUCACCAAGGCCAUCGAGAGUUCGGCGGAGAAGCGGCUGACGCUGUCGCAGAUCUACGAGUGGAUGGUCAAGAGCGUGCCCUACUUCAAGGAUAAAGGUGACAGCAACAGCUCCGCGGGUUGGAAGAAUUCAAUUCGUCAUAAUCUGUCCUUACACAGCAAGUUCAUUCGUGUGCAGAAUGAAGGAACUGGAAAAAGUUCUUGGUGGAUGCUCAAUCCAGAGGGCGGCAAGAGUGGGAAAUCUCCCAGGAGAAGAGCUGCAUCCAUGGACAACAACAGCAAAUUUGCUAAGAGCCGAAGCCGAGCUGCCAAGAAGAAAGCAUCCCUCCAGUCUGGCCAGGAGGGUGCUGGGGACAGCCCUGGAUCACAGUUUUCCAAAUGGCCUGCAAGCCCUGGCUCUCACAGCAACGAUGACUUUGAUAACUGGAGCACAUUUCGCCCUCGAACUAGCUCAAAUGCUAGUACUAUCAGUGGGAGACUCUCACCCAUUAUGACCGAACAGGAUGAUCUUGGAGAAGGGGAUGUGCAUUCAAUGGUAUACCCACCAUCUGCUGCAAAGAUGGCCUCUACUUUGCCCAGUCUGUCUGAGAUAAGCAGUCCCGAAAACAUGGAAAAUCUUUUGGAUAAUCUCAAUCUUCUCUCAUCACCAACAUCAUUAACUGUUUCGACCCAGUCCUCACCUGGCACUAUGAUGCAGCAGACACCAUGCUACUCAUUUGCACCACCAAACACCAGUCUGAAUUCGCCCAGCCCAAACUACCAAAAAUACACAUACGGCCAAUCCAGCAUGAGCCCUUUGCCUCAGAUGCCUAUGCAAACACUUCAGGACAGUAAAUCAAGUUAUGGAGGGAUGAAUCAGUAUAACUGUGCACCCGGACUCUUGAAGGAGUUGCUGACUUCUGACUCUCCUCCCCAUAAUGACAUUAUGACACCAGUUGAUCCUGCGGUAGCCCAACCCAACAGCCGGGUUCUGGGCCAGAAUGUCAUGAUGGGCCCUAGUUCGGUCAUGUCAACCUAUGGCAGCCAGGCGUCUCAUAACAAAAUGAUGAAUCCCAGCUCCCAUACCCACCCUGGACACACUCAGCAGCCAUCUGCAGUUAACGGGCGUGCCCUGUCCCACACAGUAAGCACCAUGCCCCACACUUCGGGUAUGAACCGCCUGACCCAAGUGAAGACACCUGUACAAGUGCCUCUGCCUCACUCCAUGCAGAUGAGUGCCCUGGGGGGCUACUCCUCAGUGAGCAGCUGCAAUGGCUAUGGCAGAAUGGGCCUUCUCCACCAGGAGAAGCUCCCAAGUGACUUGGAUGGCAUGUUCAUUGAGCGCUUGGACUGUGAUAUGGAAUCCAUCAUUCGGAAUGACCUCAUGGAUGGAGAUACAUUGGAUUUUAACUUUGACAAUGUGUUGCCCAACCAAAGCUUCCCACACAGUGUCAAGACGACGACACAUAGCUGGGUGUCAGGCUGAGAAUUAGUGAGCAGGUUACACUUAAAAGUACUUCAGAUUGUCUGACAGCAGGAACUGAGAGAAGCAGUCCAAAGAUGUCCUUCACCAACUCCCUUUUAGUUUUCUUGGUUUAAAAUAAAUAAAUAAAUAAAUUAACCUUCCUUUUUUUCUUUCGUCAAACUUGGCAGCAAAGACAUUUUUCCUGUACAGGAUGUUUGCCCAAUGUGUGCAGGUUAUGUGCGGCCGUAGAUAAGGACUGUGCCAUUGGAAAUUUCAUUACAAUGAAGUGCCAAACUCACUACACCAUAUAAUUGCAGAAAAGAUUUUCAGAUCCUGGUGUGCUUUCAAGUUUUGUAUAUAAGCAGUAGAUACAGAUUGUAUUUGUGUGUGUUGUUGGUUUUUUAAAAUAUCCAUUUGGUCCAAGGAAAGUUUAUACUCUUUUUGUAAUACUGUGAUGGUCUCAUGUCUUGAUAAGUUAAAUUUUUGUUUGUACUACCUGUUUUCUGCGGAACUGACGAAUCACAAAGAACUGAAUCUCCAUUGUGCACCUCCACUGAACAGCUUUGGACCUGUUCACGUUGCCACAGAAUUCACAUGAGAACCAAGUAGCCUGUUAUCAAUCUGCUAAAUUAAUAGACUUGUUAAACUUUUUGGGGGGGGGAAAAAAAGAUUAAAUGCCAGCUUUGUACAGGUCUUUUCUAUUUUUUUUUUUUUGGUUUAUUUUGUUAUUUGCAAAUUUGUACAAACAUUUAAAUGGUUCUAAUUUCCAGAUAAAUGAUUUUUGAUGUUAUUGUUGGGACUUAAGAACAUUUUUGGAAUAGAUAUUGAACUGUAAUAAUGUUUUCUUAAAACUAGAGUCUACUUUGUUACAUAGUUGGCUUGUAAAUUUGUGGAACCACAGGUAUUUGGGGCAGCAUUCAUAAUUUUCAUUUUGUAUUUCUAACUGGAUUAGUACUAAUUUUAUACGUGCUUAACUGGUUUGUACACUUUGGGAUGCUACUUGGUGAUGUUUCUGACUAAUCUUAAAUCAUUGUAAUUAGUACUUGCAUACUCAACGUUUCAGGCCCUAUUUGGGCAGGAAAGUGAUGUAUAGUUAUGGAUACUUUGCGUUUCAUAUUUAGGAUAACUUAAUAUGUUUUUAUGUCUGUAUUUUAAAGAAAUUUCAUCUGCUUCUGCUGAACUAUGCGCACUGCAUAGCAUCAAGUCUUCUCUAGAGACCUGUGUAGUCCUGGGAGGCCCCAUAAUGUUUGUAGAUCAGAAAGGGAGAUCUGCAUCUAAAGCAAUCCUCAUUUGUCAAACGAGGGAUUUUGAUCAACUUCACCAUUCUGAGUUGAGCUUCAGCAAAAGUUUACCCUCAUAAUUCUGUGCUCUUGUUUCAGUCCAGGUAGAGGUAGGUUUUGUAGUUUGCCUUGGGGAAUUAUGUCAACAUUUGCACUUCAUCCCAUUCUCCCUUCUGCUCUGCAGAUUAGAUUACUUAGCACACUGUGGAAGUUUAAGUUGAAGGAGGAAAUAUAAAAACGGGACUUGAGUGGUUUGUAGAAUGUGUUUAUAAGUUCAGAUGGGUAGCAGAUGGAGUAGAACUUACUUACAAACUGGGGAGAUUAAUUUGAAGACCAGCAAACCAGCUGUAAGUUGUACCUUGAGAUAAUGUUAAAAGCCUUGGCUUAGGAUUUUGAAAAUGUCUUUAGCCUGUAGCAACCUAAAGUAUAAUUCUUAUCAUCAUGUUUUAGUACUUUCCAACUACAUAUAACUGACACGCCAAAUUAAUUGGCUUUGUGUCCUAUUUAUUCCAUCAGUAUUUUCAAGUCACGUGGAAAGCGCAAAGUCAUCACGAUGAAGAGAACAGGUGCACAGUACUGUUCCUCUUGCAUUCUUGAGAGGGAUCUAAUUUCUGUAUAUAUAGUCCACAUACACUUGCUUUGUCUUGUAUGUUAAUUGCAUCUUCAUUGGCUUGCUAUUUCCUAAAUGUUUCACAAGAACACAAAUGUUCCUGAUAAGAUUUCCUAUAGUAGGCCAGCUGUAUAGUAAGCUUUCCACUGUGAUGUUCAUUGUUUUGAAGAUUCAUUGAACAACCACCACUCUAACCAUUCUCACUGAUGGGCACUCCAAGACACAGCUGGUUUUCGAAACCCGAGUUCCUCUAAGCACAGCCUCCCAGGUAUGUAAUUGAACUUGGUGCCAAAGUACUUGUGUUCUCAUUUCUGUUAGUGCAUACUGUCACUUUUCCUCCCAUGCCAUUAUUGCACCAUUAUACAAGGAACCUCAGAGCCCCCAUUUGUUCAUUAAAGAGGCAACUGCAGCUAAAAAUCACUGUUAAAAUCUUACUGCUUCAUAGAGUAGCUCUUAGGAAAAUAUUUCUUCCUUCUGAGUCUGUGUAAUUAUACCUCCCCAACCCGCCAUUUUGUAUUGAAAUCCUGACAUGAAUCAUGGGUAGCUCUCCGAGAACAGUGAAGUCCAGGGAAAAGCAUCUGGUCUGUCUGGAAAGCAAACAUUAUGUGGCCUCUGGUAGCUUUUUUCCUGUAAGAAUACUGACUUUCUGGAGUGAUGAGUAUAUAUCAGUUAUUGUACAUGAUUGCUUUGUGAAACGUGCAAAUGAUAUCACCUAUGCAGCCUUGUUUGAUUUAUUUUCUCUGGUUUGUACUGUUAUUAAAAGCAUAUUAUAUUAUAGAGCUAUCCAGAUAUUUUAAAUAUAAAGAUGUUUUUUUUUCCAUAAUAUAGACGUAUGGAAUAUAUUUAGGUAAUAGAUGUAUUACUUGGAAAGUUUUGCUUUGACAAACUGACAAAGUCUAAAUUAAUGAGCAAAUGUUGUAUCCCAGUGAGCAGUAAGUCAAUGGAACAUCCCAAGAGGAGGAUAAGGACACUUAAAAUGGAAAUCAUUCUCCAGCGAUAUACACUUUGGACUUGUUAACUGCUGAAUAUAUACUUCCAAUACCCCAGCCCUCCCCAACUCAAAAUUCUUAUGUUCAAGCUCUUAAGAGUUUCUUAAUUUAUAACUAAUUUUAAAAGAGAAGUUUUUUUUUUUUUUGUGGUUUUAGUUUGGGCGUAAUCAUUCAUUUAAAAAAUGCAUUGUGGUUUAUGUGAACAGACCAGCCUGGCAUUACAGUUGGCCUCUCCUUUAGGUGGGCACAACCUGGCAGUAUGGCCAGGGAUGGCCACGUGAGUCCCAUCAGGGCAUAGUCAUGCCUCCUGCAUUUCGCUACCCGAGUUUAGUAACAGUGCAGAUUCCAUGUUCCUGUUCCGAUACUCUCUGAGAAGUGCCUGAUGAUGUUGAUGUACUUACAGACACAAGAACAAUCUUUGCUAUAAUUGUAUAAAGCCAUAAAUGUACAUAAAUUAUGUUUAAGUGGC